AUGGAAAGAACACGCCAGCUAUCAAAUGUCGAGCAGAGCGCCUCAGACUUUGAGAGUAUUGGAUCAAAAGCCACACUUGAAAACGGCACAGAGAAACAUGGGAAUUCAUCUUCGUCGGAAUCUGGGGGCGUCUCUUCUCUGAAUUCCAAACCAGAGGUAGAAACCGGUGAGAGUAAUCCGAAUCUUAACGAUCCACCACCGGAUGGCGGGUGGACAGCUUGGUCCCAAUGUAUUGCUCUUCAUGCCGUGGGAUGUAACAGCUGGGGCAUGGCCAACAGCUUCGGGACUUUCCAGACAUAUUACAUGACGCUCCUUCCAGAUCGAUCAGCAUCAGAUAUCUCCUUCAUUGGAACGCUGCCUAUAUUCCUCAUGUUCUUUUGCGCCAGCAUCACUGGCCGACUCACGGAUGCUGGGUACUUCAGAACUGUAUUCGUAAUAGGCAGCAUUUUCCAGAUCCUGGGAAGUGUGUCAAUAUCGUUUUGUUCUACAUAUUGGCAGCUAAUGCUUGCUCAAGGUCUGUCCGUAGGCAUCGCGAACGGCUUCCUAUUCUGCCCUUCCUUGACCAUAACCUCAACCUACUUUCUCAAGAAGAGGUCAAUUGCAGUGGGAAUUGGCGCUUGCGGUUCUGUCACAGGAGGAAUUGUGUUCCCACUUAUGGCUCGCCAACUGCUCCCAAAGAUUGAGUUCCCAUGGACCAUGCGCGCAAUCGCCUUGGUCCAGCUGUUCCUUCUACUUGUGGCGAACGUCCUUAGCAAGCCGAGGGUCAAGCCACGCAAAGGUGGUCCACUCAUCGACAUCAAGGCGUUCAAGGAAAUGGAGUAUACCUUCUAUGCGUUGGGGGCAUUUCUGAUAUUCUGGGGUGUCUAUUUCGGAUUUUUCUAUCUUGCCUCUUUCGCUCGAAACGCGCUCCAGUCCCCCUUCCAGUUCGAGGACUCUCUCAACCUGUUGUUGAUCACAAAUGGUGUGGGAUUUUUAGGCCGGAUUAUACCGAAUUAUCUUGCCGAUCGUACCGGAGCGGUUACCAUGCUGAUCCCGGUAUCUUCCGCCACCGCUAUCCUCGUCUUCUGUUGGAUGUCGGUCAAAUCAUCUAGUGGAUUAUAUGCAUGGUCCGUGUUCUAUGGAUUCUUCGCCGGUGGAAUUCAGAGUCUCUUUCCGGCUGCUCUGUCCCUUUUGAGCGAUGAUAUGAGUAAGAUUGGGGUGAGGACCGGGAUGGUCUUCACAGUUGUCUCGUUCGCGGUUCUGACUGGGUCGCCAAUUGCUGGGAGCAUAAUUGACAAGUCGGGCAACUACAAGGGAGCACAAGGCUUCGCGGGCGCAUCUCUGGCAUUGGGCUCCGCUUUCUUACUUGCAUCCAAGAUUGUCAGGAUGCGUAAGACUGGAAGAGGAUGGCUGGGGAAGGUCUAA